AAUUUAGCUAUCAUCAUUAACUGUGCCGCGGUCCCUGCGUCGCUGUCUCCCUCAUCGAACGAAAGGUCGCCAGUCAAGGAAACACUCGAUAUCAACAUUCGCGCGAAGCUUGUUUCAAGAGAUGUCUCUUCUUUUUGGAAGAGCUCGAUGCCUCACGAGGCUGGGCAACAUUAUCAGGCAGACUACGCCAUUAGCAUCUACAGCAGCGCGGCGUUACGAGAGCAAAGACUCCGCCGCGGCGCCGACCCAAGAAACCAGACCGUCGGUCCGUAAGCCCCUGUAUGUACAGCGCUCCAAACUUGAAGACUUCGGAAGGUACGUGGCCGAGUGCAUGCCCAAAUACGUCCAGAAGGUCCAAAUAACGCCUGGUGACGAGCUUGAGAUUAUGAUCGCCCCCGAAGGAGUCGUGCCUGUGCUCACUUUUCUCAAGGAACAUCAAAACGCUCAGUACACGAACAUAGUCGAUAUUUGCGGCGUCGACGUACCAUCGAGGCAGUACCGUUUUGAAGUAGUCUACAACCUUCUGUCUGUGCACUUCAACUCGAGGAUUCGUGUCAAGACGUACACGGACGAACUGACGCCUUUGGACUCCGCCACAGCCGUGUUCAAGGGCGCCAACUGGUACGAACGCGAAGUGUGGGACAUGUUUGGUGUCUUUUUCGGCAACCAUCCGGACCUGAGAAGGAUACUGACGGACUACGGCUUCGAAGGGCACCCGUUUCGCAAGGACUUCCCGCUUUCGGGCUAUGUGGAGGUCCGCUACGACGACGAAGUCGAAAGGGUCGUUGUCGAACCCCUCGAGCUGACGCAGGAGUUUCGGAAGUUCGAUUUGUCCACGCCGUGGGAAACAUUUCCAAAGUUUCGUUCGGGAGACGCUGCACAAGAAGUCGCCCUGCCCAGCGGUCAGGAAGAGCCCAAAAGCAUAAAAUAGAUCGGUCUGUUGGCUUGGUCACGACAAGAAAAAAAAAAGGGGGGGGG